UGGAGCCCCACAACAACAACAAAAGAAGGAGCAGUCGGGUUUACAGGGGGACUGAAGGAAAAGAAAAAAGCUGCACCGCGCUCCACUGUGACUCCUGAUGUACAAAAAAAGGAACUAACAUUUUUUUAUAUAUAUAUAUUAAUAUAUUUUAUUUCUUCCGCGAAGAAACACCCUCAAAGUUUUUCUAUUUUUCGGAAAACAGCAGCCUUAACUACCUCAAUUUUCUCAUUUUUUAAAGGAUUUUUUCCGAGCUCGUUUACAUCCUCUCGGUUCUUUUCUGCCGCAGGUCUUGUUAUCGGUCCAUCUCUCUGUUUCCUUGGUUGAACCGAUCGUAGCCGCUGAGCGAUGUCCAUCCUGCUCCUGCUGCCUCUCAGAUGAUCCAUGACCACGCACGCUAUUGAUGCACUUUAGCACCGUUUCCGGAGCCUUCCUCCCCCCCUUCGCCGCCGUGAACCCCCCCGCAGCUGAUGACCAAAGCGCUCGCCACGCCCCCCCGCCGUCGCCCCGAGCCACGCGCCUCCCCUAGCCCCUCCCUCAGCCCGACGCCCCCCCCACCAUGUUCCAGAGGUUCGCCAGCGCUCUGUUCGGGGACGACGCCGACGAGCUGAGCCGAUGCAGCCGACCCGGAGACGGCAAAGAGGAAGAGGAGGAGGACGAAGACUGGAUCCUGGUCAACUACCUGGCUGAAGCCUGCUCCAGUCAGUGUGGUGACGGCCGCUCUGGAUCCACCGUCAACCCGAAGCCAGAGGAGGAAGAGGAGCAGAUUGAGGAGGAUGAUGAUGAUGAUGAUGAGGAAGACUUGGUGAUGAUCCCCUCCCCGAUGGCCAGCCCCCCCCUCCGCUACGCCUCCUGCACCUCCCUCAACUCCACGGCUGACACAGACCCGGACGGCGGCGCCGAGGAGGUGGAGGAGGAUGACGACGACGAUGACGACGAUGAGGAAGAGGAGGGGAACGGGUUCCUCCGUCUGGACGCCUGCUCCCUGGAGGAGAGCUGGUUCGUCACCCCCCCGCCCUGCUUCGGGGGCCGCAGCCAGCCCGUCCUCCUGGAGACCAGCCCUCUGGAGAACCUGCUGAUCGAGCACCCGAGCAUGUCCGUCUACGGCCACCGCAGCCCCCCCCGCCUCACCCUGGACCCUCUGCCCCGCUCCCUCGACCUGGAGCUGGGCCUGUUGCCCGGCAACGUGCCCGCCCCCCCGACGGCCUCCGGGGGGAAAGAGAAGGGCAGACGCACGUUGGACGGACCGCGUCACAGGCCAGACGUGGCGGUCGUCCAGCGUCGCUCCACCCUCCACUCUGCCUGUUACGCCGCGGCGCUGUCGGCCCGCGCCGGCCUCCUGCAGCAGCGGUCCGGCCUCGCCGCCGCCCAGCACGGCCAGCCGCUGUCCCGCAACGCCCUGCGCCGCCUCAACCUGCUGCGCCCCCCGAAGGCCGGCAGCAUGCACCUGCACCAGCCCAGCCAGAGACACCUCAACUUCUGAGGCCCUGGCUGCGUCCACCUACAUCAUCAUCAUCAUCAACAACAUCAUCAUCAUCAUCAACAACCCUGAUCCUUUAAGCAGCAUAAACUCACACUGGACACACACACACACACACACACACACACACA